GGCGAGGGCAGAGGAGUAGCAUGUCUCCAGCCUCCCUCUCGGUUUGGGGCGGGGGUUGUAAGAAGACUUCCCCCGGCCUCACAAGGCGACGCGCUGCCUUUCCUUUCCCCACAAGGCUGAAGGAGCCUAGCUGAGCGCGGCUGUUCCUUCGGUCCUCGCCGGCUAAGGCGGCCAUGGGGCAGCCACUUGUCCUGGUCGCCCUGGGCUGGAUCGCGGUGCUGGCGCUUCCCUUGCACGGCUUCUCCUCGCCCCGAAAUGGCUCUUCUUUCAUGAAUGACAGUUGGGCAGGACCAAGAUCCUUUCCCAUUAAAGUACAGGAAGAAGAAUAUGAACCAAUUCCACUUUCUGAUAACGAUGCUGAAAACGAUUUGGAAAUUGGGUCAGGAUUUAGCAGUCAAAGCAGAAUACGAAGUCUUCCAAAAUAUGGUCUAGUGGAAGAUGUGGAACGCCUUCUAUUUAGUGGAUGGCUGACCUAUUUUGUUCCAGGAGUCUAUACUCUAGUUGCGUCCUUGAGUCUUCCUUUGAACAUCACAGCAAUUUUUCUGUUUUUGCUAAAAAUAAAGGUGAAGAAGCCAGCUAUAAUGUACAUGCUCAAUUUGGCUUUUGCAGACGUACUUUUUGCGAGUGUGCUUCCUUUUAGGAUUGUCUAUUCUUUUUCUGGAAAUCAUUGGCCUUUUGGGCCUGCAAUGUGCAAGUUCGUCACUGCAACAUUUUACUGCAACAUGUACUGCUCCAUUCUGCUGAUGACAGUGAUCAGCAUUGAUCGUUUCUUGGCUGUAGUGUAUCCAAUGCAAUCUCUGUCCUGGCGCACUUUAAGGCGUGCCUCUGUGGUUUGUAUUGCCAUCUGGCUCAUAUCUAUUGCUGGAGUGGUUCCUUUGCUUAUCACUGAGCAAACUACGAACAUACUUCCUCUAAACAUAACAACUUGUCAUGAUGUACUGAAAGAAAGUGACCUCCAAGAGUAUUACCGUAUUUUUUUCACUAUUCUCUUUUCUUUUUUCUUUUUUGUGCCAUUAAUUGUUUGUACCAUUUGUUAUGUCUGUAUCAUCUGGUGCCUUAGCUCUUCAAACAUCGCUGUAAAAUCGGGUAAAAGGACACGAGCUUUAUUGUUGUCUGUGGCUGUUUUAUUCAUUUUUAUUGUAUGUUUUGGCCCAACAAAUCUUCUCUUGCUAGUUCAUUAUGUACAUUUUUCUUACAGCAAUUACACAGGUAAUAUAUAUUUUGCUUAUCUUCUCUGUGUCUGCAUUAGCAGUGUAAGUUGUUGUAUUGACCCUUUGAUCUAUUAUUACGCCUCCUCUGAAUGUCAGCGUCAGUUGAGCAAUUUAUUAUGUUGCAGAAAGGACUCUGAACUCCGCAGCCUUACCUCUGAUAAUCCCCUAGGCAGCAGAACAAGCCAAAGGGUUACUGGCACCAGUACCAUUGAUAACAGUCUCUAUCGAAAACUACUAGCAUAGAAACAUUUUUGGGUGUUUCUGGUAUAUGUGCCUCCAUUUUAUAAAAGACUGCUGUGAGGACAUGAACACCCUUUGUCAGACUGUUUUAUUGACACAAAAUCUGUCACUAUAAGAAUUGCGGUAAAUGGAGGAAACUUUGGGAGACCGUAAGCAGUAUGUCUGUACAUACAUACAUCUUUAUUUAAGGCAAAAAUGUGAGCCAGAACGAUCCAGGCAGUUUCUCAUCAAGUAUGGUUUUUUUUCCCACCACAUCAGAACUAUAUUGAGCAUCAGAAACAAUUUGGGAGGCAUACAGAUUAAUGAAAAAAAGUGCACCAAUGGGAGCCAUGGAACAAUUCUUUCUUUGUGAUUUCACAAAAUUUCAAAAAGGCCAAGCCACUGUUUGCAUAGCCCUCUUAAUUUAUGGGCAUAGUGCUUUCCAGGGUUCUAGGUUAAAUGCUGAGAACUCAUAUGCAUAGAUUUUAGGACACAAUAAAGUCAACGUCAAUAAACCUUGGAUCUAUGAUUGAGUACGUUAAGUACUAUUAUCCUACAUUAUUUUUAUAUGAAUGCACAUGCGUAUAUGUGUGUAUGUAAAAUAUACAAACCUAUUACUUUGUAAUUUUUUCCUCUAUUAAAGCUGUACAAAUGUGCAUGGGCUGAGCUAUUUUGUAUUUUAUUUUU